AUGUCGUCGCCGCGGGCAUUGACAGCGCUGGCGCGCUCGCGGCCUACCUAUUCCCUCCUCACCGCCGCCGGCCGCACCUCCUUUGCCCCGGCUUUCUCGACCAGCGCACGGAGGCAAAGAACAGCAGGCGGCGCCACCGAAGGCCCGCCUCCAGAUGGAUUCAGAAUAGCACCGCCGAAGAGGUGGAAUGAGAACAAGGAGAGCGUGUGGGACCAGGCGGGCAAGUACUUCCUGCUCACCGAGAUGGCGAGGGGCAUGUACGUUCUGCUGGAGCAGUUCUUCCGGCCACCAUACACUAUCUACUACCCAUUCGAGAAGGGUCCCAUCUCUCCCCGAUUCCGUGGCGAGCACGCCCUUAGACGCUACCCAACCGGCGAGGAGCGCUGCAUCGCCUGCAAGCUCUGCGAAGCCAUCUGCCCUGCACAAGCCAUCACAAUCGAAGCCGAAGAGCGAGAAGAUGGCAGCCGACGGACGACCCGCUACGACAUUGACAUGACCAAGUGCAUUUACUGCGGCUACUGCCAAGAAUCAUGUCCAGUGGAUGCCAUUGUGGAGUCGCCCAACGCAGAGUAUGCGACAGAGACAAGAGAAGAGUUACUCUACAACAAGGAGAAGUUGUUGUCGAAUGGAGAUAAGUGGGAGCCUGAAUUGGCGGCGGUGGCAAGAGCGGACGCACCAUACAGAUAG